CGCGAGGAUUUUUUUCUCUAGUCCCGCCGAAACCGAGCAAAGCAUGCUGGGGCUUGUGGUACUUUUGGCGCCCUUCCCUAAGUGCUCCGCGGUACUCGGUCCGGACCCGCCUAUUUUCUGCUCUCCAGGACCUUUAGGCUCGUCUUGGCCCUUUGAAGACCGGAAAGUUGAUAAAUCGCGAGGCCAGCUGCUGAAAGACGGUGGCUCGGGUGGGACAGUCGCCAGGGAUGGCGGAGCGUGAGAAUGGAGCGGGUGUCGGGGCUGCUUUCCUGGACGCUGAGCAGAGCCGUGUGGCUCUCGGGCCUCUUUGAGCGGGGAGCUGCCCGGCAGCCCCGGAUCAUGGAAGAGAAAGCGCUAGAGGUUUAUGAUUUGAUUCGAACUAUCCGGGACCCAGAGAAGCCCAAUACUUUGGAAGAACUGGAAGUGGUAACGGAAAGUUGCGUGGAGGUUCAGGAGAUAAAUGAAGAGGACUAUUUGGUUAUUAUCAGGUUCACGCCAACAGUACCUCAUUGCUCUUUGGCAACUCUUAUUGGGCUGUGCUUAAGAGUAAAACUUCAACGGUGUUUACCGUUUAAACAUAAGUUGGAAAUCUACAUUUCUGAAGGAACUCACUCAACAGAAGAAGACAUCAACAAGCAGAUAAAUGACAAAGAGCGAGUAGCAGCUGCAAUGGAGAACCCCAGUUUACGGGAAAUUGUGGAACAGUGUGUCCUUGAACCUGACUAAUAGCUGUUUUAAAAGCCACUGAACUGUAAUUAUUUGAUAUAUUUGUUUAAACUCUGUAAAAUGUAAAAGACUCAUGUUUAAUACAUAGGUGAUUUGUACCUCAAAGCAUUUUUUUAAAGGAUGAUUUCCAAGCAAGAUUUAAUUAUAAGGUAGUACCUAGUUUGUUCAGUGUAUAACAUUCUCAGGAUUUGUAACACUUAAAUGAUCAGACAGAAAAAUAUUUUCUAGUUGUGAUGUGUAAGAUGAGUUGCUAUUUUUCUGAUGCCCAUUCUUAUACAACUGCUUUUCAUGUCAAAUACUUACCGUGCCCAAAUAUAUUCAAGUUAAAUCAUUACUCUGUAAAAUAAAUAAAACAGAGAUGAUUCUUGUAAUGACAUACCUUAGAAUGUCUUUAUUGAACUGUAAAUUUCAGUGUAAAUGUCAUCUCUAAAAAAUAUUUCCAAAGCUUUAUUUUUGGAUUAUUAUGUAGAAUCAGAGAUCUGAGAACCAAAAAUAAUCCUUAAGAUCAGCUCUAGGCCCUGCUUUCCUUCAAGGAAGGUCCUGGACCCAUUUAUAGAUGAGGAAUAAAUGUGAAGUGCGCCAAAUGACAUAUGUAAUUUUGAAGAUCAAGAAGUCUCCAAAGAAGUUUUGAUUAAAACAAUCUAAAUUUAUGGUCUCUUCUUUACUUGUACUUUGUUCAGUUUGUUUUGGGGGAUAAUAUCAUUUGAAGUGUAACAGGGUGUGGUAGGCAGCCUCCAAGAUGGCCCCCGAUGAUCCUUGAUUCCUGGUAUUCAUGCCUUUAUAUAGUUUUCUUCCAUAUUGAGUCAGAGCUGGCUGGUGUGACUAAUAAAGGAUCAGAGGUGACAGUGUGUGACUUCUGAGGCUAAAACAUAAAAGGUAUUGCUUCUUUCAUUUUGGUCUGGAUUGCUCAUUCUGUGGAAAUCUGGUUGCCAUGUCAUGAGAACCCUUGAGCAGCCCUAAGGAGAAUUCCACAUGGAGAGGAACUGAGGCCUUCCACAAACAACCAGCACCAGCUUGCAAACUGUGAGGGUGAACCAUGUCAGAAGUCAGAACCAUGUCCAGUUCCACUCAGGCUGAUAUCUUGACUGGAAUCUCACAAGACCCUGAGCCAGAACUGCCUAGCUAAGCCACGCCUGAAUUCUUGACCCAGAGAAGCUGUGAGCAAUAAUAAAUGUUUAUUGUUUACACCA